UUUGACCGGAUUAUGAACCUUAUAAGAGCAAGCCGGAAGAAUAUAACCCAUUUGAAUCACAAAAACAUGAAAUAUGUACUUCAAUGGACUCGCAGGUUCAGAGCACCGUUUGAUUGGAUGGGAGAAGGUAACUCAGCCUUCGUUAAAUACAAAUACACAAAUUGUUACGUGACAGACGAUAAAAGUUAUUUUCUUGAUCAAAGGGACUUCGACGCAAUUGCCAUUAACGGAAGGGAUGUCAUACACCUUUGGCCUUUCCAAAUGCCAUCUCAGAGAUCACCGAGACAAAAAUUCAUAUUCGGUGCAAUGGAAUCCCCGGACAAUUUUCCGGCGUGUCAUGAAAAUUUAGACGGAUUCUUUAAUUGGACGUGGACCUAUAAAUUGGAUUCAGAUAUACGAUGGGGUUACCUAGCUAUCUAUGAUAAAAAUGGCCAGCUCGUUGGUCCUAAAGUAGAUAUGGUAUGGCCGAAUAUGACACCAGUCAGCGAGGGCUUAAAGGCAAAAUUGAAAAAGAAGACCAAAGCGGUUGCGUGGUUUGUGUCUCACUGUUCAACGAAAAGUGGUAGAGAACAUUAUUUUUCGAGGCUGAAUAAUGAGCUAAAAGCAUUUGGCUUAUCUGUGGAUAUUUAUGGGAGCUGUGGUAGCUUAAUAUGCCCAGAAGGGAUGCUGACGCAUCCCUGCAAGCAUCGUGCCCGACCUCCCCCAGCUUUAUAA